AUGCUGAAAUCGCUUGCAAAGGUGUGCUCCUCAAAGAGCUUGUCAUGUGUUUGCUUGUGCCAACGAUAUAUUUCGUCGCAGGAAGUGUUCGACCGCGAAGCGAAAUACGGGGCUCACAAUUAUCACGCACUUCCGGUUGCGUUGACCAAAGGAAAGGGCGUGUACGUAUGGGAUGUCGAAGGCAAAAAAUAUUAUGAUUUUUUGUCAGCGUACUCGGCGGUCAACCAGGGGCAUUGCCACCCAAAGAUUAUUGAAGCACUCAAAACGCAGUGUGACAGCAUGACGCUUUGUUCACGGGCGUUUUAUGCGGAACCACUCGGUGAAUACGAACAGUUCAUCACGAAAUUGUUCGGUUACGACAAGGUGUUACCGAUGAAUACUGGCGUCGAAGCUUGCGAAUCUGCUGUCAAACUCGCCCGACGUUGGGGGUAUGACGUCAAGAAAAUCCCUCGCUAUCGAGCUGAGGUGAUUUUUGCUGCCGACAACUUCUGGGGACGUACCAUUGCGGCUGUUUCCGCCAGUACAGAUCCCGAAAGCUAUGGCGGUUUCGGGCCGUUUGUACCUGGAUUCAAAGUCAUUCCAUAUGACGACCUUGAGUCUCUUAAGAAAGAAGCAAGCAAUCCGAACGUGGCAGCAUUCAUGGUCGAACCGAUUCAGGGCGAAGCAGGCGUAAAAGUACCAUCGCCUGGCUACCUGCGAGGGGUGCGAGAGAUCUGCACUCAGAACAACAUUCUGUUAAUCGUCGACGAGGUGCAGACCGGCUUGGCGAGAACCGGAAAGCGACUCUGCGUUGACCACGACGCAGUAAGACCAGACAUACUUGUACUUGGCAAAGCACUCUCAGGCGGAACGUUUCCGGUUUCUGCCGUGUUGUGCGAUGACGAUAUAAUGCUAAACAUAAAGCCAGGUCAGCAUGGAUCGACCUACGGAGGGAACCCGGUCGCUUGCAAAGUAGCCAUUGCAGCUUUAAAGGUUAUCGAAGAAGAGAAACUGGCGGAAAACGCAGAGAAAAUGGGAGUGCUGUUCAGAAAACUGUUGAACAACCUGCCAAAAAGAGUGGUGAGCGACGUACGUGGCAAGGGGCUGCUGAAUGCGAUCGUCGUAAAACCAGAAUAUGAUGCAUGGAAAAUUUGCUUGCGGCUGAGGGACAACGGCCUCCUGGCGAAGAGCACCCAUAACGACAAAAUACGACUUGCUCCUCCGCUAAUAAUCACCGAGGAACAAAUCACAGAGUGCGCCAAUAUCAUUAACAAGGUGAUCUGUUCUGUCUGA